CACCUUCCGCUUCCGGUUUCUCGCCAGUCAUUCGGCCCCGCACCCGGUUCCGACCCUGUCGGGUCCCGGUUCGAGCUGGUCUCCUGGGCCGCACCGGCUGCGCGCAGCACCCCUGGUUGUCGGGACCCGCCGGGGCUGGUCUCCGGCUCGGCCCACCUCGCCCCCCCAUGGAGUCUCAGUGCGACUACUCGAUGUACUUCCCGGCUGUGCCGCUGCCGCCGCGCGCGGAGCUGGCGGGGGCCCCGCCGCAACCAUCUCUACCUGGGGGAGACUGUCCGCUUCCUGCUGGUGCUGCGCUGCAGGGGCGGCGCAGGGGCCAGCGCCGGGGGUGGCCCGAGCUUGGGCUCACGAGGGGCCUGGGCAGAACUGGCGACUGCUCUCGCCGCCUUGGCCUCGGUCAGCGCUGGAGGCGGGGUACCGGGGGGCGGUGGCACCGGUGACCAGGAUCCCGAACCCCCAGGGGGAGGCGAUCCAGGGGGCGGGAGGUUGUUCCGAGGCUGCAGCCCCCUUCUCACUCACGGCCCGGGCCCUGCUACCUCAGGGGGAGCGACCACGCUGCCUGUGGAGGAACCCAUUGUGUCCACAGAUGAGGUCAUCUUCCCACUCACCGUUUCACUGGACAGGCUGCCCCCAGGGACACCUAAGGCCAAGAUUGUAGUGACUGUGUGGAAGAGGGAGGCUGAGGCACCAGAGGUCAGAGAUCAAGGCUACCUGCGCUUGCUACAGACCCGAUCUCCUGGGGAGACCUUCCGAGGCGAGCAGAGUGCUUUCAAAGCCCAAGUGAGCACCUUGCUGACUCUGCUGCCCCCUCCAGUUCUGAAAUGCCGGCAGUUCACUGUGGCUGGAAAACACUUGACCGUGCUCAAGGUGCUGAACAGUUCUUCCCAGGAGGAAAUCUCCAUCUGGGAUAUCCGAAUACUCCCCAACUUCAAUGCCAGUUAUCUACCUGUCAUGCCCGACGGCUCUGUGCUGCUGGUGGACAACGUCUGUCACCAGUCUGGAGAAGUCUCCAUGGGCUCCUUCUGCCGGCUCCCUGGUACCUCUGGCUGCUUCCCCUGCCCACUUAGUGCCCUGGAGGAACACAACUUCCUGUUCCAGCUGAGGGGGGGUGAGCAGCCUCCUCCAGGAGCCAAAGAGGGCCUAGAAGUUCCCCUGAUUGCUGUGGUUCAGUGGUCCACCCCAAAGCUGCCCUUUACCCAGAGCAUCUAUACCCACUACCGCCUGCCUAGUGUCCGCCUAGACCGUCCGUGCUUUGUGAUGACUGCUUCUUGUGAGUCCCCUGUUCGAACCUAUGAGCGUUUCACUGUCACCUACACACUGCUCAACAAUCUCCAAGACUUCCUUGCUGUGAGGCUCGUGUGGACCCCGGAGCACGCGCAGGCUGGAAAGCAGCUGUGUGAGGAGGAGCGCCGGGCCAUGCAGGCAGCCCUGGACUCCAUCGUGUGCCACACACCCCUCAACAAUCUCGGCUUUUCCCGGAAAGGCAGUGCGCUCACUUUCAGUGUGGCCUUCCAAGCUCUGAGGACAGGGCUCUUCGAGCUGAGCCAGCACAUGAAACUGAAGCUGCAGUUCACAGCCAGCGUGUCUCACCCACCGCCCGAGGCCCGGCCCCUCUCUCGCAAGAGCAGUCCCAGUAGUCCUGCUGUCCGGGACUUGGUGGAGAGGCAUCAGGCCAGUCUGGGCCGCUCUCAGUCCUUCUCCCACCAACAGCCUUCCCGCAGCCACCUCAUGAGGUCUGGCAGUGUGAUGGAACGAAGGGCCAUCACGCCCCCAGUGGCUUCUCCUGUUGGCCGCCCCCUCUACCUGCCCCCGGACAAGGCUGUGCUUUCUCUGGACAAGAUUGCCAAGCGUGAGUGCAAGGUCCUGGUGGUGGAGCCCGUCAAGUAGCACCAUGCCCGCUCUGCUCCCUCUUACACUCCAGAAACUGAAAGCCCCCUGAGGGGGUUCUCACUCCCAGGCUGUGCCUCCCCUGGGAGGCCUCCCACCAUGGAUGGAGAGGCCUGACAGAGCCACCUGUCUGUGUCUGCUGAGGGACAAGGGAAGAAGCUGUGAAAUGGGCGGGUCCGGCUAUAGCGCUAAACCAACAGUAUUUACCUGAGUUUCUAAGGGGGGGCUGGCCCCACCCCUAGGCCAGGGCAAGGCCUCCAAGAGCUCCCUUGCCCCCUCCCCCCUC